AUGCAUCCGGCUGCAGGUCUACCGUUGACACGGGUGGUACCGAACGAGGGAGCUGUAGUCAAUGGCGUCGUAUUUCCCGCAGGGACCGUCCUCGGCGUCAACUCCUGGGUGGCACAUGCAAACCCCAAUAUAUUCGGACAGGAUGCGGAACAGUUUCGACCGGCGAGAUGGCUUGAGAGCAAAGAAAGAAGCGCGCAGAUGGAGAGUUGUUUCCUCUCGGUAGGUGCUCUGCUACUCAUCUAUCAGGUCAUCAACCUCGAGUUAACAUUUGUCGCGUUGCAGUUCGGCGCCGGCUCAAGGACCUGCAUCGGCAAGAACAUCAGUCUGAUGGAGAUUGCCAAAGUCGUCCCGGAAUUGGUCAGGAGAUUCGAAUUCUCUCUCGCCGACCCUGGUGCACCACUCGAGAUGGAGAACGUGUGGGAGGCCAAACAAGAACAGAUCUCGUCAGAGCCCAUUGCAAGGAGUUCUCAAUCUCGUAACCAAACCGCUGCAGCCAUCCCUGACAAUCACCACGCGACCAAGAUGCCGUCCUCCAUCACCAAACCCGAUAUUGAGAAAUUCGUGCCGGUCAAACCCACAUCCGAGCAGUUGGAGUACGCAGAGCUGGUCACGUUAGACCUUUCCACGUACGACAAUGGCCCUCAAGCCCGCAAAAAGCUCGCCGACGAGCUGAAGCAUGCUAUGCGUACACAGGGCUUCUUUGUGGUAGUCAAUCACGGCAUCUCGAUCGAGCAAAUCGAUCGACAAGUCGACAUUGGCCACCACGUGCUCACCAAGACUCCAUUGGAAGAAAAGCAGCGCCUCGAAGGCAGAAUGAAGCAAGACGGCAGCUACCAAGGCUUCAAGCUCCGCAACUAUUGGCAGAUCGACCAAGGCGUCCGGGAUCAGAUUGAGCAGUACAACUGGAAUCGAGACCUGAGCUUGCGUGAACACCCUUCGACCUUCAGCCCGUUCAAGGACGAGGUCCAGGAGCUGAACGACUUUGUCCACAAAGAGAUCCUGUUCCGGCUACUGACCCUGUUCGCCAUCUCGCUAGACCUGCCAGAAGACUUCUUCGUCAAACUACACCAAUACGACGUCGCAGACGACUCGUGGUUCCGGUAUAUGAUGUACUUCCACAGCCACAAGUCGGAGGAUAUGGACAAGACAGGCGGCGUGUGGCUCAAGGGACACUGCGACUUCGGCUCGGUGACCAUGCUCUUCAGCCAGCCCAUGGCCUCGCUACAGCUCAUGGACCACUUCACCGGCAAGUGGCGGUGGGUCCCCUACGUCCCCGGCGCCAUCGUUGUCAAUGCCGGUGAAAUGAUGGAAUGGUGGACGGGUGGAUACUACAAAGCCACGAUCCAUCGCGUAUGUCAACCACCACCGGACCAGCGCAACCAGGACCGUUGUGGGUUGUUCUACUUUGUGGUCCCCAACGACGAGGUCACCAUCAAUACUCUGUUGGAAGAGUCCAGCGUGCUUCGCGAGGCUGGUGUGCCGAGGAAAUUCGAGCCCGGCACUGAGCCCACGUCCAAGAUGUACAGAUCUGCUCGUAUUGGUGCAUACGGACAGACGGACCUGUUCAAGGGCAAGGGCAAAGGUGGCGGCAUACAGGAAGAGACGAUUGCGGGGAUCAAGUUGAAGCAUUAUAACUAGGCAAUUUGACGAGUUUAACAUCCCGAAGAGGAGCAUGUAUUCCUGCGAGACGCAUUGCUCGCCAAUGUUAUUGAUGCCGCUGUCACAA